AUGGAGCUCGCAAGUACUGCAAUCGGCGUGGUCGGGUUGGCCGCCCUGUUUAGUACUUGUACAGAGACAUUGGAUACACUUGCCGCGGCUGCCAGAUACAGCGUGAAUCGUGAGAUAUUACAGACAAAGAUUGAAGUCGAACGACUACGACUCAUGGUCUGGGGGGAAUCGGCAGGAUUGACCGAUAUCGACCCCAGUAGACCUGAAGACGAGACUGGCUAUGACCCUGAUUUUCUCAAUGAGUCUCUCGGAGGUGCCGCCCUACGCCCGGCUGUGGCAGGCCUCUUAGCCUGCUUCGCACAUUACUUCGAGGACAUCGAGCAGUUGCAAAGUCGAUAUGGUCUUGUCACGCAGAAACAAAAUCAAGACAAAGAAAGUACACCGGCGUUGGCGGAAGCGCCCACUCGACAGAUACUCCUCACCACCUUUCAGAGAACCUACGCGCGUUUCCAGCAACGUACUUCAAAAGUACAGGCAAGCACAUCAGCCUUUAAAAAAGCCAAAUGGGCUAUUACGGAUGAACGCAAAUUUCGAAACCUCGUUGCGGAGCUUAAGGCAAUCAACGACUCACUCGAUUCGCUACUUCCAGCCAUCAGGGACAAGACGCGAGUACAAAUGCGUACAGCGAUCAUGCGGAGCACUGAUGUGGAUCAGCUGCAAAAUCUAGUCACUGCUGCUGAUGAGGCGACAGAUCUCAUAGCCGAGACAGCGAGCUUGAGACUUGAGAUGCUGUCAAUAUCCGGUAAAGGAGCCGUGAAGCCAGCUCCAAAGGUUGUGCAAGUUACAUCGGCAUCUAAAGAGUUGAGAGGAGAAGGCUUGAAUAAUGCGUCUACACAGUCCGGGCCGUCGGGGUCAAAGUCGGUAGUGCAAGAUCUAAUCGCAGCCACAAUUGCAGAUGCCCCGAGUCCUGCUUCUGUCUCUACGGCGCCAACAGGGGACAUUUAUGAUGAUACCGGAGCAUUAGUUGUUCACAAAGCCUAUCAUAAAGCUGACAGUCUAGCAUGCUUCUCCUGGCACGUUGGACUAGGCGAGACUACAGAUCUAGCAGAAUGUCCACCAGUUGCUGACGCAAUGUUUGGCGUUGCAGAGAGUUUUCUUGAGGUGGACGUCGUGAGCGACAGAAAGUAUGCUGGAUGGUCUCCUGGAUCAGUCUCCUUGAUUGGUUUUGCCAGAGAGGCCACUUUCUGGAAAAGGGCAGGAGAACUGGAAAAGAAACCUAAUCCUCCCAGCUGGUAUCGAGUUAACUCAAAACCACUUUCCCAAGACUUUCUUGAUAAGAGAUGGAGGCAACUGGUGAAAGAAGGACUUGGAGAUGACUUUACGGACAAGAAGGGCUACGAGCAGGUACUGGAGCUGCUCGGCCCUAGCCACUACACAUGGCUUGAUCCGAAAGAAGGGUACAAGCUGCGACAUCAAAUCACCGACCUCCUCGGGGCCCUGAGCAGCUCGAUAAUACCCAACUUCGAAGAGAGGGGCAGUAUCGGGCUCGUCGCAUUCCACGAUCAAACCGUUCCGAAUUCGCCUUUUGGGUUUAUCGAUUUUAUGCGGCAGAUGGUCAUCGCUCGCGAGCUGACACUACGCAUCCAGCUGGCCAACCAACGGUGGUAUGGAGGGAUCACACGCAGAGUUAUCUAUGAUAUGAUAGCUGCUGAUCUGUGGACACGGCAUGUGGAGAUCAAGCCCGUAGCGGCAGCCUUUGGAAUACCUAAAGCUGUAUUUCAACGCCAGGUGCAUGGCAUCAUCAGAUUUGUCGAUGAGAUGCGCUGGCCCUAUGCGGAUGAGAUCCAAAAAGAAGCGAAUCAUCUACUCGAGAAAAACCCCGAAGAAAUAGCCUUGGAUUUGCGAUUGCAAGACUGGCUAAUGGGAUUGGUACUCCCAGGGGCUCGCCUCCCUCUUAUCCUCGUUGGUGUUCUGUACCAGCUGUCCCCGACAUUGCGACCCCACAUACCGACCGAGAGCGUCAAGUUUCGCGAUGGAAACUUUGGUAUUGUUUAUCCCGAGGCCUCAUAUUGGAAUGUCCGCUCUGUACUAGGCAAGGUAUUGGCCCCGCUUUCUCGGGAUCAGGAAACAAACCAUCGGAAGGUCCACUGUUUAGGUGGCUGGGUUGGGCCAUGUCUUUCACCCUCCCUCCCAGAGUGCCGACUUGGCCUUACAGUUUCUUUGUCAACUCGCCAACCUCCCUUCGCUCCACUGGAAUUGGACUCUAGCAUCGGUGACGCGACUAAAACCACCUUGUCGAGUAUUGGUGGGCAAGGCCAUGGCGGAGAGUGGAUGCUACCGACGCCCCCCGAACUAUCCCGUGAUACCGUCGCACUUCAGACCGUUCGCCUGUCCAAGGCGCCGAAGGCUGAUUUGAGUGCUAAAGAUGCACUUUAUUAUACUGCACGUAUUGACUUCCGGUUAGGGCGCAGUCGUACCUUUGUUACGUUCACACUUUACACCAAUAGCGUUUUUGUUUCCGUUCCACCUUGUCGAGGCACGCAUAAGGUUGAUCCUCAUGCCGCUGGCCGUUACACGUUUGCGGUUAAAGGAAUCGAAGAAAUAGCACGAAUAUCCAAAACGUGUGAUGCUGCUACUGAUAUGGCCAUUAUGGUCGUGAACGCUACCGGAGGACCAGCCAGUGAGGUAUUUGCGCGGGCAUGGUGCUGUCAAACGGGGACUAAUGCCGUGAUAUGGAGGAGGGAAGGAGGGAAAUGCUGCUUCAAGUGUGCAUUGAUGGUAGCAUCUACAGAUGGACUAGGAACGGGGACUUUGAUUGCUUGCUAG